CUGCCACAUUUGCUAGACAAAAGAAGUUUAAGGGCUACUCUUUUGAGCGGGCGAGGCGGAACAACAGCUGUCUCCCAUGUAGCCGCCCGGCCAGGCGUUGGCUCCUGCUGCAUGCAGAGUCCAGAAGCUACGCUGGGGAACGCUGGCUCCUCUGCGGAACCCUUCGGGGGGUUUCCUUUGCCCCAGGCAGUCCCGCAACACACAAACCCGCGCGGCUGGUUUACGCGACUGGGCGGUCAGGGUGAUUAAAACUCACAGCAUUGGCUCGUUAGUGGUGUGACUCGACCCCCCCCCUCCCCCAAUGCUCCGGUCCCUGGAGUUUUAAGCACGUGAGCAGACGCUGCCUGUUCUCCAAAGACCCCCGCAGCCUUUCAGGAGGGAGCCAGCGCGCCAACCUCUCCAGCCAGCUCCCUUGCCAGCCCGGAGAGCCCCCCGUUUCCUCCCGCGCACCCGGCGAGGAGCCUCCCUCCCCGCGCCACCUCCCAGCGGGGGGGCUCCGCGCCUAGCCACCACCAGCGCCGCACACAGGACGGUCCGGCAGCCCCGCCGCGGCGCUGGCCCGAGGAGGGAUGUGGCGAGGGCAAGAGGCGGUGGAAGGUCGGCAGCCGCCGGCGUAGAGCGGCGAGAAGAGCAGGCAGCCACCGGCAGGACUGGCCGGGCGAAGAGGGGAACCACAGACGCCCUGGGGACCGGCUGGGCUCCCCCCUACCCCGGCUCUGCGCCUGCCCCUGCGCCAUGUGACUGACCCGCUCCGUGCAGCCCAGGGCAGAACGUCGGACUCGGUCCCCAGGGCAUUGACUCGCCCGCCCGGGCUGACCAGCCCCCGUGGCCAGGCAGGGGGUGACCUGUGAUCGCUGGGGCUGCCCCCUUCCGCCCGGCUCCGAUGCGCUGAGAGCCGCCCGCCCGCAGCCCUGCUUCCAUGGGGCGGGGAGCACAGGCGGCGGCCGCUGAUGCUGUGAGGGCGGCGCCCUGCUUGGUGGGGGCACCAUGAAGUCCCUGCUCCUCAGCCGCUUCCUGCUGCUGCUGCCCUGGGGGCUCAUCGUCAUCCUCCUGCUGGACACAGACAGCAGCCGGGGGCCGCUCGUGACCCCCGCCCGGCCCCCGCAGCAGGCGGCUCCCAGGCGGCCGGCGCUGCCCCCCAUCUAUGCCAUCACCCCCACCUACAGCCGCCCGGUGCAGAAAGCCGAGCUCACCCGCCUGGCCAACACCUUCCGCCAGGUGGCGCGGCUGCACUGGGUCCUGGUGGAGGACGCGGCCCGGCGCAGCGAGCUGGUGAGUCGCUUCGUGGCACGGGCCGGCCUGCCCUGCACCCACCUGCACGUCCCCACCCCGCGCAGGUACAAGCGGCCCGGCCUGCCCCGCGCCACCGAGCAGCGCAACGCCGGCCUGGCCUGGCUCCGGCAGCGACACCAGCACCUGCCGCCGCCGCAGCCCGGGGUGCUCUUCUUCGCCGACGACGACAACACCUACAGCCUGGAGCUCUUCGAGGAGAUGCGUACAACCCGCAAAGUAUCUGUGUGGCCUGUGGGGCUAGUGGGAGGUCGACGGUAUGAGCGCCCUGUAGUGGAAAAUGGCAAAGUUGUUGGCUGGUAUACUGGCUGGAGAGCAGACCGUCCAUUUGCCAUUGAUAUGGCAGGAUUUGCUGUGAGCCUUCAGGUGAUUCUGUCAAACCCUAAAGCUGUAUUCAAACGCCGUGGGUCUCAACCAGGAAUGCAAGAAUCUGAUUUUCUGAAACAGAUAACAACCGUGGAGGAGCUGGAACCAAAAGCAAACAAUUGCACAAAGGUUCUUGUAUGGCACACUCGAACAGAAAAGGUAAAUCUAGGUAAUGAGCCAAAAUACCACCUAGACACAGUUAAAAUUGAGGUAUGAUCUAGAGAUAUAACUGUGGGGGACAUACUGUAGGAAAUGGAUGUGGCUGAAGAUGCCUGAAACUUCAAUUAAGAAUUCAAGCAGUGUACAAUCUACCACUCUGCAACAUCCUGUACUCGUCAUCUGAUGGACUUCUGUACAAACAAAAAUUUGUCAGAUAAGCAAAUCUGAUAUCUUAAGAGACAUAACAUCUUUUGUCUUGUUUUGCAUGCAUUUCUCAGCUCAGUAUCAUCGAACUCAAAUAUAAGCAUUUGUUUUAAGAGUUUCCACAUAGUAAUACCAAUCAAGAGUGAAAGAACUGAAGUGCAACAUUUUCAGAAACAUUAUUUAUCCAACUUAAUUGAUGGAAUUAUUAUAAACUGGUGUAAGAUUGCAAAAUGUUGGUCACCAAAAAUAUUUGUUCAAAGCACUUUCCAGAUUAAAUGUGUUUUUCUUGUAUUACACAACAACUUUCUUGAAGUCACAGUGACAAGGUAGAUCAUACAGCAUGAAAUAAAAACCACACAAUGGUU